AUGAAAAUAGCUACGUUUGAUGGUGAUUUCAUUGAGUGCAGAGCAAUACUCGAUUCUGGAUCACAAAUAAACUUAAUCACAGAAAAACUGGCAAGAAAAUUAAAAUUGCAGUUACACUCAUCACCGUUAUGGAUAGAAGGAAUUGGUAGAAGCAAAAGGGACACAAAAUACAGUGUGACAACAAAAAUUCAAUCUCGAAUUAAUGAUUUCAAUGUAAAUAUCAACGCAUUCGUGAUGCCUCGAAUUAUCUCAGCCCAACCAACACAGUGUCUGGAUACUUCUGGUUGGUCAAUUCCUCAGAAUAUAAAAUUGGCUGAUCCAGACUUCGCGAAUCCAAAUCAAAUUGACUUAUUAAUUGGAGCAGAAUUCUAUCACAGCUUUUUAUCGAUUGGUCAAAUCAAAAUAGGUGAGGGUCUACCUGCACUUCAGAACACGGUUUUCGGAUAUGCAGUGGCAAACGAAGCUGACGACGAAGCAUUGGAUAAUAUACUUACUAAAUUCUGGCAAUUGGAGGAAAUCAAUCAAACGGAUGACAAAUUCACUGAUGCAGAAAAGAAAUGUGAAGAAUCUUUUGCUCAAAACACUCACCACAAUCAUGAAGGGCGAUUUGUCGUGAAAUUACCAUUUAAGGAGGAUACAACUGUUAUUGGUGAGUCCAUGCAGAUGUCGAUGAAUCGGUUUUUUAGUCUUGAACGUCGGCUGUUGAAGAAUUCUGAACUAAAGAAGAUGUACGUUGACUUCAUGCGAGAGUACGAACAUCUCGGCCACAUGGAAAAAAUUAAUCAGGAUGAUAUAAUGCAUCCACAUUACAAUUUGCCACAUCAUUGUGUAAUCAAGGCAGAUAGUACUACAACAAAGCUUCGAGUGGUGUUUGAUGCAUCUGCAAGAACAUCAACCGGAGUCUCACUCAAUGAUAUCAUGCAUAAUGGUCCAGUCGUGCAGAACGAACUCUCAUCCAUUUUACUGCGUUUCAGGAAACCACGCUUCGUUUUUACAACAGAUAUUGAAAAGAUGUAUCGGCAGAUACUAAUUGAUCCAAGAGAUGAAUAUCUUCAAAUCAUUAUCUGGCGAGAGUCAGCAGAAGAAAACUUGUGCUAUUACAAAUUAAAAACGGUAACGUAUGGCACAACAGCAGCGCCGUAUCUGGCAACUAAGUGUCUACAAACCCUGGCCAGAGAGCAUGCCGUUAAAUUUCCGCUUGGUUCCGCUACACUCAGCAAGGAUUUUUAUGUCGAUGACGGUUUAAGUGGCUCAGACAGUCUCAUGGAGGCAAUUGCAACAAAGGAUCAAUUUAUUAAAAUAUUGGCGACAGCUGGUUUCAAACCUCGCAAGUGGUGCGCAAAUAAUUCCCAAUUACUUCAAGGACUGGCUCCAGAAGAUCAAGAAGUGGAUCUCGAUGUCAGCAGUGAGUCACAUAAGACAGUAAAAACUUUAGGCCUUAUCUGGCUACCAAAAUCUGAUCAAUUUUCAAUAAAAACUAACGGACCUACACACAGCAAAAUAACAAAGAGGACCGUAAGUUCUGAAUUGGCGCACAUUUUUGAUCCACUUGGAUUAAUGGCUCCCGUAGUAGUGAAGGCGAAAAUAUUUGUUCAAAAACUGUGGCAGUUAAAACUUUCGUGGGAUGAAGCUCUGCCUGCUGAAAUGCAUACUCAAUGGACCCAUUUUCGUCAGAGCUUAUGUGAAGUAAAUAAUGUAAAGAUUCCACGACAUAUAUUUCAUCAUAAACAACCAAGGAAUACUCAGAUUCAUGUAUUUACUGAUGCCUCCGAAAGAGCCUAUGGAGCUGCCAUUUACAUCAGAGCCGAAAUGACUGAUCGAACUAUCUCAGUUCAGUUACUUUAUUCAAAAUCACACGUCGCUCCACUAAAAACGCAGACAAUACCAAGACUUGAGUUAUGUGCGGCUUUACUAGGAGCACAAUUGGUAGUAAAGGUAAAAAAGGAUUUGGAAUAUGAACAUCAUCCGAUAUAUAUGUGGACUGAUUCUGAGAUAACAUUGCAUUGGAUCAAUUCAGAACCAUCAACAUUCCAAACUUUCGUUGCUCAUCGUAUCAGUAAGAUUCAGCAAUUAACACUAAAGGAACAGUGGAGGCAAGUCAAUACUAAACAAAACCCAGCUGAUUUAUUAUCCAGAGGUGUAGAUCCAAUUUACAUUCAGAAGAAUGCAAUGUGGUUUUAUGGGCCACUUUUCCUUCAUGGAAAUCAAGAAUGCUGGCCCCAACCAUUCCGUCAGGAAUUGAUAACAUCCGACCAUAUACAAGCGGAUGUCAAAAGGAAGGUACAUGUGCUUACAAUUUCACAUGAUGAUGAACUAAUCAAAAUGAUUUAUACGAUAAGGCAUGGAAACUCAUUCAUAAGGUUGCAACGAAUUCUUGGCUAUGUGUUGAGAUUCAUCAAAGGGUUACGUAAUAAGAGCAAGCACAACGACAUCAAUUUGACACCAUUAGAACUGGAUGAGUCAUUACUCAUAAUUAUAAAAGCCAUACAGCUAAGUGAUUUCAAUGAAGAACGACAUCAACUCUUAAAGAAAAGGGAUCUGAAGGGAAGCAGGAGUCUCCACGGACUUUCUCCAUGCCAAACACCCCAUGCUGCUGCCAUAUAA